ACUUCAGUGUCAAGGUUCAAAAACUCGUCAAGACGGGAGCUAAUGUUUCUUUUCGACCUGUUGAGAUGUCUGUUGCUGGUUAUUCCAUUGAGAUGUCAGAUGAAUGGCACAGCAAGGUUAUGGUAAACGGUCUGCUGCUGAAGCUUCCUUCCAUUUUGAACCAAGGCAAAAUAAUGCUCUAUCUAAAAGGACAGUCGGUUUGCUUAGAAACCGACUUUGGUCUUGUUGUGACAUACAGCCCAGUCAUUUUGACAGUCACAAUGCCCGAGGUCUUUGCCGGUCAACUUUGUGGACUUUGCGGGAACUUUAAUUAUAAACCACAGGAUGACCCAGUAGCACAUGAUUCUGAUAUUAGUCAAGCUGUUCGAUAUUGGCAAACUAGCGGUGGUCAAGAAUGUUGGGAUUUGCCCAUGAGCACAUCUAGCUGCACUCCACAAGAGCAGGAUACUUAUCAGGGAGAGAAUUUCUGUGGAAGGUUACUGGAUCCUGAGGGCGCAUUCCAGAGCUGCCACAAAACCGUGGAUCCUCAAGAUUUCUAUGAGGACUGUGUUAAUGACCUCUGCAGUGGUAACCAAACGACCCUGUGCCAGAUUCUGUCCGGCUACGUAGCAGUAUGUCAAGAAAUGGGCGCCAGUGUGGACGAAUGGCGAGAUUCAAAAUUUUGUUCUGCCACAUGCCCGUCCAAGAGUGAAUACCGCCUCUGUUCUACUCACAUGUUUGCCUGUGCCCAUAACCCAAGUCCUCUUUCAGAAAGAUGCAAGGAAGGUUGUUUUUGCAAGUCUGGCUUUUUCCACAGUGGUGGGGAAUGUGUAACUAAUUCUGAAUGCGGCUGCAGUUAUAACGGUAUUUACUAUGAACUCCAUGAAAAAUUCCACCCUGAUGAGAACUGCCUUCGGUCCUGUGCGUGUGUGGGCCACAACGUCGUGCAAUGUAAAAGUAGCACGUGUCCAACUGGAACGGAGUGUGUCAUCAAACAUGGUCGCCGUGCAUGCUAUGGCAUUUAUUUGAAAUGCACCCUCCUGGGUGGCAAACACUUGCAGACCUUUCAUGGAGGUCAUUUUGAUUUGAACGUGGCAGAUUUGCGUAAGCCUUUAUUCCAGAUCUGUGAUGAACCUGGGCUUUCUGCUGCCAUCCUGAAAGACAAGCUGCACCUUAAAAUCCAUGACAUGGACGUAACGCUGUCCAAGGAGCUUUUUGGAAAAGUUGAGAUAAAUGGUGUCGUGAAGGCCCUACCCAUUUAUAUGAAUGGUGUGGCAGUGUUGCUUUCCGGACGGCUAACCCGUAUCAUCGCUAAAGACACUGGCGCCGUAGUCUCCUUCGGUGGACCUAAUUUAAUACAACUGACGAUUCCAGCCACGCACAAAAGACUUUGUGGGUUAUGUCAAAAUACCGCGACUGUUGCUACAGACCACCAACGAAGUCUGAUGUCGGAUGAUUCCACUCGUACGUCUCCCUGGUGCUUUUCUCCCACCGGAACAAACUGCCCCACUGACUGUCAUGACUGUUUCUUAUGCGACUCCAUGAAAGAAUUUGAAUCAGAUGGCCUCUGUGGCAUGUUGCUUGCUCCUAAAGGCCCAUUUGGGCUUUGCCAUUCCACUAUGGACCCAAUGCCAUUUUUUCAGAACUGCGUGAAAGAUUUGUGUGGGUCAAAAAUUAAGGAAUUGUUUUGUGACAGUUUGAGGCAAUAUGCAUUUGUCUGCCAGGAAGCAGGAGUGAAGGUCAAACCAUGGAGGGGGGAUAAGUGCGCACUUUGGUGCCCUGAGCAUUCCCACUACAACCUAUGUGUUGGUGCAUGUUCAGAGUCCUGCGCUAUGUUAUCUGAUGUCCCCUGUCCAUGGCCCUGCAAUGAGGGGUGUCAGUGUGACUCUGGAUAUGUGCAGAGUGGGAGUGGCUGUGUCAAACCUGACCAAUGUGGCUGUCUCUACCUUGGGCAUUACUAUGAGAUUGGGGACAUUUUGUGGAAUGUGAAGUGUUCCAAGCGGUGCAACUGUUGCUCCACUUCCACACUGUGUUGUAGAGCAGCCUCAUGCCCCAAGGGGCAGAACUGCGUACUUAAUGAAACUUGGCACUGUGCAGAGAAAAAAACCUUCCUCUGCCCAGUAAAUAGCCAUUACGAAGCCUGUGGGACAGCCUGCCCUGCUACCUGCGAGGCCCGCUUCAAUUCCAUCUGCACUGCAGCAUGUGUGGAAGGAUGCCAGUGUGACCCUGGGUUUCUUCUUCAUGGUGGCACCUGUGUGACCCCAUCCCAGUGUGGCUGUACAUACAACGGACGCCAUUACCGCCACAACGAAACCUUUUGGGCUGAUGAGGCGUGUACCCGACAGUGCAUCUGCAACGACCAGAUCCAGUGCCAUGAUGCUAAUUGUCAUGAUGAUGAGUGUUGUGCUCUUGAAAAUGGAGUCAGAAGCUGUGUGCGGCGUAAUUAUACCAAGUGCCGCUACAGUGGUCAUCGUGUGCUCACCUUCGACAAGCGCGAAUAUGAUUUCCUUGGCACCUGCCGGUAUCAGUUACUGGGCAUCUGUGGACAAUGGCAAUGCCUUGAUGUCGUCAAAGUUGAUGUGCAGACUGAUGCAUUUAAUCAGUCAGCACAAAUCGUCUGGGUUAGCAUAAAUAACCAACAACUACAACUGGACAGCAGCAAUCAAGAAAGCAUCGAGGUUGAUGGCACAAAGAGGAAGAUUCCGUUUCAUGCCAACGGAACUACAAUGGUAUUUUCUUUAGGGCUGCGUACUUAUGUCUCGUCGACAUUUUUCUUGUUAAGUAUGAGCAAAGAAGGGGUCAUAAUCAUUCAUCUCUCCAGUAAAUAUGCUAAUGCUACUUGCGGCCUGUGUGGUAACUUCAAUUUGGAUCCUGCUGAUGACCUCACAGCGAAUGGCACACAAGAGCAUCUCACUCCAGAACAAUUUGGAAAUGCUUGGAGAAGCGGACAGAACCAGUGGUGUGUGGAAGGUUGUCUAGGUGGAAGUUGUCCAAAUUGUUCAUCUGAAGCUUUGGACCGCUUCUCUGACCCAGCGGCUUGCGGGAAGAUUCUGGAAGUUAAUGGACCGUUCAGACACUGUCAUAGCAAAGUGGACCCUUCCGGCUUUUACAAGAGCUGCGUCAGUGACCUGUGUCUUUAUGGAGAUGUGCAGCCUGCCCUGUGCCGUUCCUUGGCAGAGUAUGCUGAUGCCUGCCUCCAUCGCAAGGCUGUAGUUGAUGCCUGGAGGAGCGCUGACUUUUGCUAUAAUUCAUGUCCGUCCAAUACCAGCUACAACGCGAGUCACUCACCUGUUGACAUUUGCCUCGGCGGGCUCAAUAUGACAAUUGAGAUCCCGCCAAACAUUGGGGAGGACUGUCUCUGUGGGCCAGGUUUAGCCCACAGUGGAAGGAACUGUGUCCAUCCAGCCAACUGUGGCUGUUGGGACAGAAAUGGAGAAUACGUCUUACCGGGACAGGAGAAGUCCACAUGUGAGCAACGGUGUGUUUGUCAUCCUGGUGGAAACUGGACUUGUGUUAAUGUGUCAUGUAGUCAGGAUGAAGAAUGUACGCUUAUCAGCGAUAUUGAAAGUUGCCACCCCAAAGCUAGAAUGGCCGACUGCCAUAUUAACGGAUCUCGGUUGAGUACAUUUGAUCGACACGUCUUUGAAUUUAACGCCUCAUGCAACUACACUCUGGUUCAAACGUGCAAGAACCUGACUGUGGAGCCACUUUUGAUUGCUGUGUAUGGUAACCACGGUGAAGUCAAACAGAUUUACCUACAAGUCAAUCAUAUGACCUUGAAGAUGUCAAGCGCUCAACCUGAAAAAAUUCAAGUGAAUGAAGUUCAAAUGAACCUCCCAUUCUCAGGGAACAAUGUAAUUGUGGAUCAAAAAAAUCAAUGGAGGACUAUCAAGGCUGCACAUCUGGUGGAGAUUAUUUCUGACCUUCGCAACUACGUUGAGGUCAAGCUAGCAAAUACUUAUAACCAGACAUGUGGCCUCUGUGGGAACUACAACGACGAUCCCUCAGAUGACAUGCAGCUACCCAAUGGCACUGCUGUCUCAGAUCCGGCCAUCUUUCAGCAAUCAUGGCAGAUGUCAGGCUGCAACGAAACAUGCGACAGCACCUGCCAACGUUGUCGAUCCCCUGUGCCAGAGUAUACUUCUGACCUGUAUUGCGGCCUUCUUAUCCAGCCAAAGGGACUAUUCUCCUCUUGUCACAACUCAACAUGCCCUCAGAAAUAUUACAACAUGUGCCUGACUAACCUCUGUCUUGCAGAGGGACAAAAGCAAACUUUAUGUGAGGCAUUUGAAGUGUAUGAUGCGGCAUGCAAAGUAGCCGGCGUCAAUGUUGACCCUUGGAGGAACAUCACAGGUUGUGAGCAGAAAUGCCCGCAGUUCAGCCAUUUCAGUCCGUGUGCCAACAGUUGCUCCGCCCUCUGUCCUGAGAUCGGCGUUGCUUUGCAGUGUCCCAAACACUGCGAGGAAGGAUGCGAAUGUGAUGCGCAUCACCUUUAUAACGGCCAAGCGUGCGUCCCAGCGGAGGAGUGUGGCUGCAUGCAUGAAGAGAGAAGACUGAAGGCCUCUGAAAGCAGACUUCUACAAAACUGCACUCUGAACUGCACCUGUGGGCCUCCACUUAUUUGUGAAGAACAUAAGUGUCCGCCACUGCACAGUUGUAUGGUUUUGGAUGGAAUGGCUGGCUGCCAUAAAGAUGAACAAGACAAAGAUCCCUGUGAGGCCAAGUGUGACAACUCAACUGAGCGGUGCUACCUGAGCAACGGUGAAGCAGUUUGCCAGAGACUUCCGGGUCUCUGUUGGAACUGGGGAAGCCAGCACUACCACACCUUCGAUGAAUUCAACUACGACGUCCAGGGUACCUGCACCUAUCUGCUUUCAGGCAGCAAAGGGUCAGCAGGUGGAGCAACACCUUUCAUGGUCUCAAAGAAGAGUGACUGCAAAGAAGUGUCCUCCACGCAAGAGCUGACCGUACAAGCGUAUGGGUUUGUCGUCAGGUUUGCUGACAAAGACAGUGUACAUGUAAACGGUCAAGUAAAUUAUAUCCCGGUUACUCUGCUUCGGGGUAAGAUUGAGGUUUCAAACAAAGAAGGCAAAACACUACUGAAGACUGACUUUGGGCUGCAGGUAGUGUUUGACUGGAAUAACACAAUUCUUCUAAUGCUGGAGCCCAACUAUAAGGAGAUUGUCUAUGGGCUGUGUGGCAAUUUUAAUAGCCAUCCUCAAGACGACUUUGCUUUAUAUUUCGACGGAUCCCCUCCCGCUAACACCAGUGCGGAGUUGGCUAAAGCUUACCGUGUUUUUGAUGGUGAACAUAACUGUUGCACUGGUUGUGAAAAGAAGCCAUUGGAUAACAAUACGUUACUGGAAGAUAUGCCGAAAGGAGUCUCUUUCGCCCAGAAAAGUCACUGUGACGAUCUUAUUGAUCCAACUGGACCCUUUGCACGUUGUCACAGUCGUGUUAACCCGGACUCCUUUUAUCAAAGUUGUGUGGCUGACCUCUCGCAAGGAAGGUCUCCAGCUUCUCUCGAACAGGCCGCAACAUCCUAUUCUGUCAUUUGUAAAGAGUUUGAGGACUACGUGCCCCCAGAACCGACAGUCUAUGUUAGCUGUCCGCCAAACAGCCAUUAUAAGACUUGUGGCUCCGCCUGUCCUUCAACUUGUCACUUGAAAGAGAGACUCUGCAUUGCAGUUUGUGUUCAAGGCUGCUUCUGCAACCCUGGUUUCAUCAGUAGUCCAGAGGGUUGCGUCCCACCGAAGCAGUGUGGUUGCACAGACCCCACAGGCAAAUACCACCGCCUCGACUCGACUUUCUGGAUCCCAGAUGACUGCGGCCAACUUUGCAUCUGUAAACCAGGAGGUAUUAAGUGCAAACCAUCUCAAUGCCCUAAAGGAACGUUCUGCAAGAGACUCCCCAACAAAAGAAUGUGUCAAGCUGACAAAUCGCUGAACUGUAGUAUUGUCAAUGGGCUGCACUUUACAUCCUUUGAUGGACAUCAUUAUGACUUUAGGGACAACUGUGCAUAUAUUUUAGUUCAAACAAACACCAAUGUAAAUGGAUUGGAACCAUUCAGAAUCACUAUCUCCGACUCAAGUUGCCACAACAGAUUGUUUCAUAGCCAAACUCUAACACUGACCAUCUACAAUUUGGAGGUAGUAGUUGGCAAAGACCCCAAUGAAGUUCUUGUCGAUGGACUAUAUAAGGUUCUACCAUACUCUCACCAUUCAGGCCGUUUCACUGCCUAUCCAACACCUUCAUCUCUAGUUGUUCAUGUUGAUAUGGGAUUGCAGGUGAUUGUCUAUAAAAGUGGCACCAUGGUAGUUGUCCUCCCGAGCAGUUACGACUCGUACGUCGGCGGUCUCUGCGGGAAUGCCAACUCUGAUCCUUAUGAUGACCAAAUGAUGCCAGAUGAAGAGGGAGCUAAAGAUACACUGAAGUUUGUUCACAGCUGGAGGUUGGGAGGAGCGAUGGCUUGCAGGUCAAGCUGCACUUCCAGACCAACUCAUGUCUGUCAACUCAAAGGCAGUCUGCAGGUCUUCACUUUCAACGGGCAGAAGCUGAGCUUGGCUCCGCAAACGCCUUACAAACUAAUGGCCCUUUGCGACCAGACCAAUGAAAAUCGGUUCAGCUUCAUUUCUUACUAUGGACACUGCUACGGGAGCGGCACCAGACUUGUCACGGUGUUCCAUGUCCUCCUUGUGGGAUUCUCAGUUGUCAUCCAGGAUGGCAUUGUGGAGGUGAAUGGACAUCUUGUGGCUUUGCCUUACACUUUGCCUAUAGGGGUGUCCUUGUCAUUUGGCGUGCCCAACGACAAGUCCGAGUUGGUGGUGGUUCUAAACAAGGACGAAGGACUGGAAACAGCGUUGGAAAUGAAGAUCGGCAUCACUUCUGCCACGAUCAAGGCAAGUCCUUGGUACACUGGAAACUUAUGUGGAAUCUGUGGAAAUAUAAAUGACCCCUACUCUGAUACACUGGUCAAGCCUUGGGCUCUCCCAGAUUUUCAAGGCUGCCGUGAACUCAGAAUUGGCAGCGUUGAUCUCAAUUGGAGAGAAUGUGUCAGUUUGGUGUGGAGUGGACCUUGGCAACGAAGCUGGGCAGCAACAGACCCAACCCAUUGUUCACUUGCAUUUCCAGUCCAGACUGGGAGUAACUUCACACCAUCCGCCCGCCCCCUCCACCUCCUUCAUUCCUCCGUGGACCAAACAAGACACGCAGUCAAACCCUAAAGGGAGGUUUCUCCAAUUGCUCGUAAAUUAGAUGUAAUCUAUUUUUCUAUUUAUUUUUUUCUACGGAACUUCACAACGGAUUCCAGCUCUUCUGUUUGGAAGUGAAAAGGAAACUUUUGAAAGGAGUACACCUAAGUUGGGUGGAGGGAACAUCUGCAGCUUAAAACGUGUUACAAUGGAUCUUUUGCUGUUCGUGCCAUUCAUCUCCUGGUUGACUUCUGCUCUCGUUUCAGCUGCAGACAGCGAAAUAGACUAUGACAGCCCUUUUGAAUAUGACUACGAAUCUCUGAGGAUCGGUGGCCUGGUUUUCGCCGUCGUGCUGUUCCUGCUGGGCAUUGCCCUCAUCGUCAGUAGAAAAUGUGUGUGUAAAAAGAGUGACAAGUCAAGGUCACGAAAUCCUGAUGUGGAAUCAAGUGUGCCAAGGGCAUGAUCCCCAAAGACAAAGCUUAGCAGUUACCAAGUGUUACCACCAGAUGCCGGCAAAUAUUCUAAUCGUCUGAAGACAAUCUUUUCAUUAAUAAAGAUUUUAAUUUUAAAACGUCCA